ACAAAACUACCCACAAACAAAACCCCCACAACCAAAACCAAGAAAACAAAAACCUCUCCUAAAAUUGCCAGGUCCAGUUUGGUAUAGCAACAAGGUGAAUGCAGUGGUUUGGGAAAACAGCAGGGUUCCAAGAAUAACCUUUUCACCAGUCCCAUGGCAAGUAAAUAUUUGAACAGUCUGCUCGGUGCAAGAAGAGUGAGACUUGCUUUUAAUGCAGAAGGCUGGUGGUGGUUAAUCUUUUAACAGGGCAGAUGAAAAUCCAUUGCUGAGUGAACGAAUUGACGGAAAUUCUUGGAUCCCUGAAUAGAAUGUUCUUAGCAAGUAAAAGACAGUAUCACAGUCUGCGGUGUCAUUCUAAAAUAAGCUCUUGUAUUUCUCUGUCCGAGUUGUUGAAUUAGGAAAUGUCUAUUUUUUUUAAUGCAAAAUUUUUCUCAAUGAGCAUAGUGAUGUCUUUCCCAUAGACCAGCAGCAAAUGAAUACUGUCUUUUGUUGUUUUCCACCAAAUGGUGGUGAAGUGUUAACAUUAUGCAUGCUUUAGUACUGGUGUCACAAAACAUGUAUAUUCAGUUUAAGUCGCUUAGGAAUUGUUCUUUUCAUGUAAGUGAUGUGAUUAAAUUGUAAAGCAAGUAUAUAAAUUCUAUAGCAGUUCUUGUUAGUCUAUUCUGCAGUGUUUAUUACAACCAUGUGAUGAAUUUUGGAUGAGCAUUUGUAAGUUUUAAGUGGUAUAAUUUUUUUAUGUAAUACUUAGCAGUUACGUUAAAAUCUUGAAGAGAAAUUUGUAAAUUGUUAUGUUUAAAAUUCUUGUGUCCUGGUUUAACAUGGAUAUUUUCCAUGUAAACAGGUAUGGAAAUAGGGAAUGUUUAGGCUGGACUGGUGGAUUAUUGAUGACUUUCUUGGGAGUCGACGUUACUAAAGCAGUGUGAAUCCCUGUUUGCUUCAGGGCGAGAUGUGUGACAGAGGUGACAUCAAGCUCUUACAACCCUUCAACGAAAAUGAGUGAAGAUCUCGGGAAUGGCAUCGGUCACAGGAAAUCCAUAGUGGCUGCUGCUAGCGUAGCCACCGGGGCUUAGGCAGACAUAUAGCCUUGGUACUUGUCAGAGGGGCACACAAGCACAAACGUGAAACUUCCUCUUACAUGUUAUAGAAAUAACAGUUAACCACUUGAGUGCUGAAUUCUACAGGAUAACUUGCUCUCUAAACCAUGUAAGGAAGUACCUACAAUUUAAUACACACUUUUAAAUGAUGUAAGUCUUGUAUUUUGUAAUUGUAUGACUUAAAUAUAAGCAGCAAAGUGGUUAAACAUGCUUAUCUAAAUUUUCUAAAUCUUUCCACAUUAAACUGCAAACAAGCAAUUUAGUAUUAUAAUUUUUGUUUUGUAUUUUCUUAUUCCUAUUCCCAUUACCCUUUGACCACUUGAAAUGUUUCCGCUUCGUCCUCAUGAUGUUCUUCUAUCAACCCUGCUUAGGAUGAGAACAAAUUGAGCAGUGCCAAUGGCCAUGAAGAACGCAGCAAGAAGAGAAAAAAGAGCAAGAGCCGAAGUCGAAGCCAUGACAGGAAGAGGAGCAGAAGCAAGGAACGGAAACGGAGCCGCGAUCGGGAAAGGAAAAAGAGCAGAAGCCGGGAAAGAAAACGGAGCAGAAGCAAAGAACGCAGGCGCAGCCGUUCCAGGAGUAGAGAUCGCAGAUUCAGAGGCCGCUAUAGAAGUCCCUAAAGGCGCUCCAGAAGCAAAAGUCCCUUCAGGAAAGACAAGAGCCCUGUUAGAGAACCUAUUGAUAAUCUUACCCCUGAGGAGAGGGAUGCUCGGACAGUAUUCUGCAUGCAGCUGGCUGCAAGAAUUCGACCAAGAGACCUGGAAGAAUUUUUCUCUACAGUAGGAAAAGUUCGUGAUGUGCGAAUGAUUUCCGAUAGGAAUUCCAGACGUUCAAAGGGAAUUGCUUAUGUUGAAUUUGUUGAUGUUAGUUCAGUGCCACUGGCAAUAGGACUAACUGGACAGAGAGUCUUGGGUGUACCAAUCAUAGUCCAAGCAUCACAGGCAGAGAAAAACAGAGCAGCAGCAAUGGCAAAUAAUCUGCAGAAGGGCAGUGCUGGUCCUAUGAGGCUCUAUGUGGGAUCAUUACACUUCAACAUAACUGAAGAUAUGCUGCGAGGAAUUUUUGAGCCAUUUGGCAGGAUUGAAAGCAUUCAGCUCAUGAUGGACAGUGAAACUGGACGCUCAAAAGGAUAUGGAUUUAUUACGUUCUCAGACUCCGAGUGUGCCAAAAAGGCCUUGGAACAACUCAAUGGAUUUGAGCUGGCUGGUAGGCCAAUGAAAGUUGGACACGUAACUGAGCGCACUGAUGCUUCCAGUGCCAGUUCAUUUUUGGACAGUGAUGAGUUGGAACGAACUGGAAUUGACCUGGGAACAACUGGUCGCCUUCAGUUGAUGGCAAGACUUGCAGAAGGUACUGGUUUGCAGAUUCCCCCAGCUGCACAGCAGGCACUGCAGAUGAGUGGGUCUCUGGCAUUUGGAGCUGUGGCAGAUUUGCAGACGAGACUAUCUCAGCAGAAUGAAGUUCUGGCUGCAGCUGCUUCAGUACAACCCAUUGCAACACAGUGCUUCCAGCUUUCCAACAUGUUUAAUCCUCAGACUGAAGAAGAAGCUGGCUGGGAUACAGAAAUUAAAGAUGAUGUGAUUGAGGAAUGUAACAAACACGGAGGAGUUAUCCACAUCUAUGUAGACAAAAACUCAGCUCAGGGCAAUGUGUAUGUCAAAUGUCCUUCCAUCGCUGCUGCCAUUGCAGCUGUCAAUGCGUUGCACGGGAGGUGGUUUGCAGGUAAAAUGAUCACAGCGGCGUAUGUACCUCUUCCAACGUACCAUAGCCUUUUCCCAGACUCUAUGACUGCAACCCAACUACUGGUUCCUGUUCGACGAUGAAGAUGGAUUUAGUCAGUUUUGUACAUAGUUAUUUUUUGGAGGAAGAUUGAGUUAUCUUUUAUUUAGAUAAAACUAAAGGAAAGGAUUUAAUGUCAUUUUGUGUACACUUCCUGCUACCUUUAAAAAUAAAAUGAAGUAAGCAGAAAUGCAGUGUGUUCAUUCUCCCUAACUAGCAUUUCCACUGUAUACAAAGCUGUUGACUUCUUGUUCUGCCUUGUAAUUCUUGUACAUUGACUAAGGUGAUCUGUAGGAACUGAGAAGUAGCUCAUAGAAAACAAGUUCUCUGUAAAAGGCAGAUGGGACAUAAUGACAUUUUUAAUGUUUCACAAAGCCUUUCUUUUAAUGCAGCAUUUACACUUCACUAAAUGUAGGUGAUCUGCUAAGGGUUAAUAUCAGAGGUAGAUGUUCUGAAGGGACAUAUUUAGUGUUUUGUAUAAAUGGAAGGUUCAACAGGCUACUGAAAGCUGACUCUAGGCAGCCACGCAGCUUGCUUUGUGCUGAAUAAUUGGUAAGAAUAGAAGGAUUGAAGGGGUUUAUUUCUUGAUGGUAACUUUUGAUUAAUGUAUCUGUAAAAGUUUCUUUGUAAAUACUGUGUGAGGUGUGUCUAAGUUUCCAAACAAAACGAUCUCUGCAUUUCCAGAUCAGUCUCUAUGUCUGCCGUGGGGCACAGCUUGAAGGAUUUCAGCCGGGUUUGAAAAUGGGUAGGAAAUACAGAAACGUGUUUUGUUCUGGUUGCAUAUAAUCUUUGCUCUUUUUAAGCUCUGUGAGCUCUGAAAUAUAUUUUUGGGUUACUUCAGUGUGUUUGACAAGACAGCUCGAUAUUUCUAUCAAACAAAGACUUUCAUAUUGCAACAAUCUUUGUAAGAACCACUCAAAUAAAAUUCUCUUAAAAAGGC